UUCGGGUGAAAGGAAGGCGGAGUCAGGCUGCUAACGGCACUGGCCUCAACCUGUAGACCUGUGAAGCGGACAGAGAGAAGCGCGGCGCGGCGGCGGCGGCGGAGGGAGGGAAGCUACGGUUUCCACCACUCUAUACAGCUGAAAAUUAUCCGUAGGCUUAACCAAACCAGAUGGACAUAUUUUCCUUCUUGAACGGUGUUCUCUGCCUGCGUCGCUGAGGGGAACAGUCUGUGUUUAAUGGCAUUUGGGAAGUCUUCGCGGCUCUCUCCGGGUGGAAGAGGAAACAUUACGCCGCGAGUUAGCUAACGUUAGCUCGCUAACAAGAGACACUCAGCCCCUCUUCUUCCUGUAGCUGCUCACCUGACCAAAACGGUGAGCUGCUGCUUGAAAUUUAAAACUAAAAUGCGAGCUGACAUGGACGUCUGACAGGCUGUCAAAGAACUCUUCAUGGAUCACAGCGGAAAAGAGAAACUGCUGCAUUUGUGAGCAUAGCCAAUCACUAGAGAUUCUGACCUAUAAGCGUAUCAUUGAAGGGACUUCAGUGCAUGUGGCCCUCUCAAUUCUUCAUAGACAUCUGCUGUGCAGCCCAACGGCCUUUUGAUAUGCACUAUAUACUAAGAGACAUGAGCUGUAGGGAUGCAGUGAGCAGCAGGUUUCCUUUGUGCAGGACUCUCCCUGUUGUGCUAUGGCUUCUGGCAACCCUGGCCCAGGGCACCAUGCCAGAUCAGCAAGAAACACUGGUGGACAUGAUAUCUGUGGAGCUAGAGGCCUCUAUGCAGUCCUCUGUGAUGUCUGAGCUCCAGGCUGCAGCAUCAUCAGUUGGUGAAGGGCCGCCUACAGCUAUUCCAGAUUCUCCUAUGAGGAAUGGUGGAGUGCACACAAACAUCCCUGAUUCCUCGGCAAUUGUAGGUCAGGUGUUCCAAUUGAAGGUUCCUCCUGGGCCCGACCAUGCAACCUGCAAUGUCCAUCUCACUGAGAUGGGAAAAGAGACCUUACCCUCCUGGCUAUACUGGGACAAAGGGAGCUGCACUCUGAGAGGAUUGGCGCUGGAGCAAGAUAAAGGUGUAUAUCAUAUCUUGGUGUCAGGGGAGCAAAUAACUGAAGGGACAAGUAGCCAAGUGGAUCCCAGUACAGUCUUCACAGUUGAAGUGUACCCAGAAGAAAGGGCUGACACUGAGCCGGCUCUCCUCACUCUGCAGUCUGACAUUGGUGGCCUACAGCCUUUCACCUGUGGCUCAGAUGAGCCUGUCACUGUCCUUACUGUCAUACUGGACGCUGAUUUGACAAAAAUAGUUGCCGAACAGAGAGUCAGCUUAUUAGGACUAAUGAAGAAAUUCUCACAUGUGCCUCUGGAGCAUAUGAGAGUGGUCCCUGUUGUAAACAAUCGCUUAUUUGACAUGUCUGCUUUCAUGGCCGGACCAGGAAAUGCAAAGAAAGUGGUGGAGAACGGAGCCCUGCUGUCAUGGAAAGUUGGAUGUGCGCUUGAUCAGGCCAACAUCCCUGACAUAAGCAGUGUGCAGUCCUCAGCUAAAGAUGGGACAAUGUCAGCCAGGUUGGGUUACCCAGUGGUUGGCUGGCAUAUUGUCAACAAAAAGCCUCAUGUAGUGAAAAGGAUCAGGCGGCAGCUGUACAACACUCCUACUCCGGUUCCAUCCCUGCUUCCCCCCACUAUCAACCAAGAGCCUCUUUCUCGUGUUGUUCCUACGCCAACCUCACCUUCCAUUGCCCCAGCAACAGAAAACUCUACUCCCCCUGUCCGAGGACCUUUGCCUUUACCAGUGAAGCCCACAUUGAGGGUCAGAGAUCAGAUAGCUCAUACACCUGUCUUUGGGCCUCCUCAACCUACCAGAGUGUUGGGAACUACGAGUACCAUUCCGAUCAUGCCUACCAUGACUCGACCUACAAUUUUGGGACCCACUGCUUCACCAACGCCACCAGGUACCACCAAAAGACCAAAAACCACAAAGAAGAACAAAAAACCCAAAACCUCCACCCCUGCUCCCCGGGAACCAAAGUCCACCACUCCUAAACCACCCAGACGUACAACCUCUCUUUCUCUUGCCCCAGACUUGAAUCAUAACCCAGAAAUCCGCAACCCCAUUGACCAGGUUAUGGCAUGGGUCGGCACAUACUUCGAGGUCAAAAUUGCUUCAGAUGCAUUUUAUGACCGAGAGGAUGGUACCACUGACAAGUUGCGAUUGACACUAAAGAAGACCCCCAAAGAAACUGUGAAUGAAACAUCAUGGAUCCAGUUCAACAGCAGUAUCCAGCUUUUGUAUGGCCUUCCAGACAAGGAACAUGCAGGCAAUCAUGAGUACUUCAUGCUGGCCACGGAUAAGGGGGGCAAGAGCAUCAUGGAUGCAUUUGAGGUUCGAGUCAACCACUGGACUAACAAUGACAAACCAUCAGUGGUGUUUGCUGCUCGUUUUCACGGUGAUCCAAAAACUUUAGGCGAAAAUGUCCACAAUAAGAUUCUUUUGACUAAAAAACUAGCUUAUGCCCUGGGAGACCGAAACACCAGCACAGUGACCCUGAGGAGCAUCACAAAAGGAUCUAUUGUGGUUGAAUGGACCAACAACAGCCUUCAGCAGAAUCUCUGUCCAAAAGAGCAAAUCACUGCUCUCAGCAAGAAAAUCUCAGAUCAUCAAGGAACACCUUCGCCAGCCUUCAUCAAGGCCAUGGAGCCUGAAUUUAAGCCCAUAAACAUCUCAGUUCGUGGAACCAAUAAAUGUCAGAGCUACACAUUCAUUCCACCAGGAGAGGUGCCAAUCCCUGCCCUUCCUACAGCCACACCCUCCCCUGGGACAAGUGACAGGAGCAGUGAUGAUGUUUACCUGCACACAGUCAUCCCUGCUGUUGUGGUGGCAGCCUUGUUGCUUAUAGCUGGAAUCAUCGCAAUGGUCUGCUACCGCAAGAAACGCAAAGGAAAAAUGACAACAGAGGAACAGGCCACCUUCAUAAAGAAGGGAGUUCCUAUAAUAUUCGCUGAUGAACUGGAUGAUUCCAAGUCUCCACCAUCCUCCAGCAUCCCUCUUAUCCUGCAGGAGGAAAAGCCCCCACUUCCUCCUCCUGAGUACCCAAACAUGGCUGGCCCCCACAGUACCCUGCUCAACCAGGAUCUGCUGGAGGAGUAUUCAGUCUAUCAGGAUGACGAUCCCAAUGCCCCACCUUAUCAACCCCCACCCCCCUUUACUGUUCCGAUUGAGGGAAAAGGCUCACGCCCCAAGAAUAUGACAUCCUACAGGUCACCACCUCCCUACGUACCUCCCUAACACACAGCUGAGCUUUCAGUUUGAAAAGCUGGUCCACAUUAGGGAUGCUUCACAGAAACUACAACAAGAGUACUUCUACUUGUGUUCAAUGAACUGGCUUUGACUUUAUAGAAGAGCAAGCAACAGCAUAUAUCUGACCAUAAUGAAUAAAACAUUCUGCUACUGUCAAUGGACAAAUGGACUGGGAACAGUUUGUAAUUUCCUUCCCCGUACUUCAGAUCUGCUUUUGACCUCUUGCAUCUUAUUUUGUUUGUCUUCUUUUUGCCAAGAGUCAGUUUUAUCUUCAAUGAUCCUCUAUUUCUAUUGUAUAGAAAAUAAUAAAGCAGCAGGACAGACUUGAGGUCCUUUUGUGCAGAUGUCACUAUGACAUCAGACUCGAGGCUCUCCCUUCCGAUGUUUAUCUUUGAGUUCUAAAUCCUUCUUAUCUGCCCUUCAGCUAGGUUUAGUAAGAUUUUGCAUUUGUUAUUUCUUGAGGGUAUGAAACAUUAAAUGCCAAAUUGAACCCAUAACAUUUUAUUCACACAUAAAUUGAUUUGUUUAUCAGAUAUUGAUCUUUCCUGUUCUUUUACUUUGAUCCCUCUGGAUAAUAACAUGCAAUCUUUGCACUUAUGCAAAUUCUUGUUAAACCUUGCACUAUGUGUCUUGAGCAGAAUUGAAAUGACUGAGUGUUUGAUUAAUACAAGGGUACAAGAAUUUUGAAUCCUUGAACUCGCCAUAUGACUGAGAUUCCUCUGGUACUUGACCACAAAAGGCCGUAACUUGAUCAUGCCUGUUGUAGACGUAGCUUAAAUAUGAUUUAUGUUUCCUCUUUAAUGUGUGCCACUAAAGCUACCUGUGAGAGGACGGGGUUUGCGGUUGCCAAGGUGAUGUCUGUGGUCACAGUGCAAUUCUUAUGGAUUUGCUACAACAAUAACAAAGGGGCGAUUGGAAUGCUGUGAUUCACAGAGGCAGAAAAUCUGUCAAUAAGGUGGAGCCAUUGUCUUUUACCCAGUUGAUUUUUUUUUAAAUAGCUGAGCGGGGCUGGGUUGGUGUGGAGUACUGUAAUACCACUACUCUGCCCCUAGGGGUUGCACUACCAGUGCGGUGCUUGUUGUCGGUUAAGGUGAGGCAUUGGGUAAAAGGGUAUGUACAUAUUUGUGUGCCUGUGAAAUAAAACAACUCCAUAAUGUUGAUGUUUUAUUGGUAAACCUAGUUGGGAACUGGUGGGGCCCUGAGUGGGACAUACAUUUUUUUAUUUGUAUGUCUAGAUUUAUGAUCAGUCAUUUUAAAAAUAAAACUUUUCUAGUUUGUGACUGUAGAAAAGAUUGUUUAUGUGCCCGUCACAAAAAAAGAUUAAAAACAAAGCAUUAUCGUAACAUGAUGGGAACAAAGAAACCAAGACAAUAUGUGAAUUAUGUACAUUUAGUAUCACCAUUAGAAAAAUGGUUAAAAAAAUCUAAUGUUUUUACUGAGUUUUUGAUACAGUCUUAAACUUGUUUUAUGAAAAUAUAUUAAUAAAAUGUAAUACUAUUUGUAAAAUCUCA